GUUUGUUCUCUUUCCGAUUUUUAUCGUUUCUUCAAUGAACCAAUCCGUGAAGUUCACGCUGAUCGCGUUGUUGAUCGUUGUAAAUAUGGUGAAAGCUCAUGACGAUGGCCUUUGCAGUCAACAGUUGCAGGCUUUUCUACAUGGAGUAAAUGCAAGUGAAAUAUGGGCUUUGCGACUGUUCGAUUCCUGGGGAAGGUGGCCUUCGGGGCAGUUUUCCGGCAAUCGAUACGACUUCGGCGGAUAUGAUCAGUGUGAUGAGUAUCGCUACCAGCAUGCGGAAGUUGGAUUAAUCACUGGAAAAUACUGUAUGGCGAUCGUGCCAAGACAGUUACCUGAGCCUGAAAAUCGAUUUUUCAUCGACACAGGAGGGAACGACGGAGUGGUAGUGGGCUUAUGUGUCCCACGUCACUGUAGUGAGCAGAUUCUAAAAGAACCAGUAGCUUUAUUGUUAAAUACAAUGUACCAUGUUAAUACUAAUGAUGUUCUUAUUCAAUGUGAAACGGAUGAAGAUAUCUUCACCUUUAAUGCAGCUAGAAUAACAGCAAUAACACUUUUUUCGGUAAUCCUGGCGUUAGUUAUUGCCAGCACUGUGUACGAAAUAUUUAGAUUGGGAAAACCUGGAAAAUCUAGUCCUGUUUUCAUCGCAUUUUCGAUAUACUCCAAUUGGCUCAGCUUGAUGAAAACGUCAGCAAGACCUGCGAACGGUAGAUCAAACACAAUUGAUUGCAUUCAUGGUGUGCGAGUGUUGGCAAUCACGUGGAUCAUAUUUGCCCACACUUACCUGGUUUAUAACUCUUCACCAUUGAUCAACCCGAUAGACACUCUUAGAUGGAUCGAUUCGUUUCACAGCACUCUCAUCAUUGCCGGACCCCUCUCCGUGGACACAUUUUUCCUGUUGAGCGGACUGCUCAUCGUUUGGAGUCAAAUGAGGGAACUUGAUCGGACUAGGUUUCUCAAUGUUCCGGUGAUGUAUCUUCAUCGGUACAUACGGCUAACGCCGGUCUUCGCCGCGUUGAUUCUGUUCACAGUAGGAAUAAUGCCUGGCAUUAGUUCAGGUCCGCUGUGGAGCACUUCAUUCGCGUUAUCUGUUAAUCAGUGUAACCAGUAUUGGUGGUCGGCGUUGCUUUAUGUGCAAAACUACGUAAACUCUGACCAAAUAUGCCUCGGGCAUUCCUGGUACCUCUCCGUGGAUAUGCAGCUGUUUCUAAUUUCACCAUUGUUGAUUUAUCCUCUGUGGAAAUGGGGGAAAAUAAUGUUUAUACCGGUUGGAUUGUUGAUACUAACAUCAGUGAUCAGCAGCUUCGUAAUGUUCAUGGUGUACAAUUUGCCCGGAAGUGUACUUAUAACGGACAUAAACCGUGAUAGUCUCACAUAUGUGCCUACGCAUACGCGGAUGGGUGCAUGGAUGGUUGGAGUCAUUACCGGAUAUAUUUUUCAUCGAAAUAGAUCAGCAACCGUUCGUUUGAGAAAGUCACGAGUUGUCCUCGGAUGGACGCUUUCAAUGGUGGCACUAGUUGGAAUUAUCGUUGGAACCCAUUAUGUCAAUCAACCCGUCGCUGGAACACAUCCUCAGAUCUACGACGCACUAUUUGAGUCCCUGAAGCACGUGGUCUGGGCUUGCGGUGUUGCGUGGAUCAUCUUCGCUUGCGCCAAUGGAUACGGCGGACCGGUGAACAGUGUUCUCUCGCUACGAGUUUGGCAGCCGCUGGGUAAACUAUCGUACUGCUUGUAUUUGUUGCACUUGCCAAUGCAAACGGUGCUGACGGCUUCGACGCGAACCGUGCGUUCCUUCAGCGAUUUUCGAGCCAUACAUACCUUCUGGGGAGAGUUCUGUUUGACGGUUUUGGCUGCUGUUGUGUGGACAUUGUGCUUUGAAAUUCCGUUUGGAAAUUUAGAUGCAUUAAUCGUGCGGAAAGAUAAGAAGUCAUCGUCGUAACAUGAGAUUUGCGCAACAAAUGCAUGGCAACAAACGGGAAAAUCAUAUUUCUAAAAGAAUAAUGUAAUAAUUAUUUGUUUAUCUUCAUUUAUGUAAUACCAAGCCUAUUCAGAUUACGCCAUAAUAAAUAUCAUGUUAAAGUGGAGAAAGCAAAUUAAAUGUAUGGGGAUUGGUAUCAAGUUAUUCUUUAGCAUGAUAUUUAUUAUCAUAAAUGGCGUAAUCUGAAUAGGUUAUAAGCCAUGUGAUAGCAGUAUAGGUCAAUACUCCUAAUUAUUCACACACUAGAUCUAGAUAUAUUCUUGCUUCAAAUUGAGUUUCCAAAUAUUGUAGAUAAUGUCCACAUCAAGUGGCUAAUACUGAGAAAAGUUGACAAUUGACAAACAUUUUCCGCUCAAUUCUUGCGUAAACCGUGGUUACGGCUUAAUUAUCCAAAGGUAAUCAAAGCUUUUCCUCACUGAUUUGUGUGCGACAUCUUACUGUAGACGAAAAAUUGAUUAGAAGUAAACGGCAGUAGAUAUGGCUGUGUUCUUUUGUAGAAUAAGUAAUUACUGUUAAUUAUGUAUUGU